GUUUCCGGCGUCCACAUGGACAAGUCUGCUGAACAAAUGUGCCGAAUCGACGACGUGGAGAAUUUCGCCGAACGGCUAGAAAAGCCAGAAUCAAGUUAGCGACCUCGGGCCCGGAGACUGAGGGGAACGUGCAAUUACCGAGUUACAGGCGGGACGACGAAAUCCGGCAAGCAGACGUUGAGGAGGAGAGGAGUGUACAGAUUACAAAGCAGAGUCUCCGACGACGUGGGGUUGUCACGAGUGAGAGUUGGAAUGCCGACAGGCCAAGGGGUUUUGGUGUUGUACAGUGCAGCUCGCUCGUAAUAAACUUCGUAAAGAGAGGGCCUCGAGAGCUUUUCCGCACUUGCAAAUUUGAAAUAGCUCUUCACCGUCGAGGGACGAGAAUUGCCAAGUGACGAAGAUGGAAUUGAGCUCCGGAGGUGGAGUAUCGGGGGCCGUUGCCAACGUUGGCAAUGGAGCACCUGCUGCCCAAAAUGCUCGUGUGGCUGUCCAAGACCUCUUCAAUCUCUACCUCGGAAGGUCAACAACCAGCAAAAGCGACGCAAUCUCGAGAGAGCAACAAUCAUCGAAGUUAAGGAGAAAGAUGUCGGCAACAAAUAGACCUCAACCACCAAAAGACGAGAACUUCCUUGCAGACUACCAGGAACUGCAGACUAUGUUUGCAGACGCGGAGCAGUUAAGAUCUUCAACUGAGGCUGUGCUAGCAAUGCUUGUGGUUCAAUGCAGCUAUCACUCUCUUCAAGUGGAGUUUUUGCUCUCUGCACUGCAGACAUUAACUAAAUUGAAUUUGAUUCGUUGGGACACUUUCCUGCCCUUGUUGCUGCGAGCAGUCAGUGCGUGUGAGACUGCAGGAUUGCAGCAAGCGCCCCCAGCCACGUCUACACCAGCUAGUGUAGCGUCACAUAUGUUAGGAAACUCAACGACUCCUCCGCUGAGUGCUCCAGCUUCUCCAGCUCCACCUCUGUCUUCAAGCUUAAUUGCCUCUCCAACCCAUUCUGCCGUAGAUACAUCAUCUAACAUCCUCCCAUCCAAUACGGCGACUGGUAGUACGAAUGGUUCAGGAGGCAAAAUUGUUUCUGGUCCUAGGGUAGUAACUUGGUUGCGACCUUUGGUUUGCAAGAUCCUGCAAGCAGCCUUGGAAGCUGAGCUGAAGCCAGUAGCAUGCUAUGACGUACUUGUGCAAAUUGUGUCAUGGAUAAACCAGUGGGAUCUAAGAUCUGCAACUGCUGGUGAAAGACCGUCUGUAAACAAGGAUGAUGGCAGAGUUGAAUCUACUGCCUGGUUGCACGACUGUGUAGAGCUCAUCUGGGCAUUGAUCGAUGAAGGCAAAUGUCGAGUGCCUUUCUACGCCCUGUUGCAUGACCGGUCUCAGUUGAAGAUUGAACACUGGCCUGAAGACGAACUGCUCUUUGCUUUAUUCUUGGAAGUGCAUCGAAGGCGCGACAAGAUCUCCCUACAUAUCCAAAUGCUGGAUCAUCACCUACACUGUCCAACAUUUGCAACACUACGCAUGACAGCAUUGACUUACGUGGGAAGUCUCGGCGAACCUCUACACGGAGAGGAUGUAGCAAAUGCUAUUCCCAGAGGCAGUCUUGAGUGGGAGAGAGCACUUCGAUGUUUGAGACAUGCAUUGCGCUUCAACCCAUCAGCUGACUGGUGGAAGAAAGUUUUGCUUUCCGCACCAAGGUAUCGGCAGCAGACACAAGGGCAGGCGGCACCACCAAGAGCCGCCUUGAUAAGUCUGACUCAACCUGCGUCUGAGUUCUCUGCAGACAUGACAUGUGAAGCGGUUGUGGACCGGAUAAUGGAACUCAUGACACCCAUAAAUGCAGCUAGCAGUUCAGCCUAUGUUUCGAUGACCGAGGCGGGACGCUGGCAAGAGUGGUUAAUAUUUGCAGAUCUAUUUUACUUCUUUAUGCGGAGUGGCUACAUAGACUUUCUUGAGUUUAUCGAUAGGUUAGCAGCACGUUUUGCCCGUGGAGAUCAACCGGUGAUGCGGAGUAAUCACGUAACAUGGCUUCUUGCUCAAGUUUUUCGGCUCGAAACUGUAACAGCUGCUUUGAGCUCAGAUUCCAAGAAGCUUGAAACGGCUCAGAAAAUUUUAUCUUUCCACAUGGCUGAGCGUCCUGUUGAUCAAACCACAAAUCUGGCCCCACAAACUAUGCUUCUAGAUUUUGUGGGGAGCAGUCAGAUCUUACGACUCUGGUCGAUAAAUCGAGCGAUGAUGGAGCAACUGACAGGCAACCGCAUGCCUGAGCAUAUUCAAAAGGGAAAGCAGAUUGAUGAAUGGUGGAAGCAAGUGCUUAAAGGAGAACGUGUGCUGGAUUACUCAAACUUGGAUGACAAGUCCAUGGGAAUGGUGUGGGUGCUGUCUCACACGGUCAGUCAACCCAUUUGUGAGGCAGUUAUGGCUUGGCUGAACUCGAAGGGAGCUGCCGAUUAUAUGAGUCCUGGUCAAACUGGGGAUAGACUCGCAAUUAUCCAUGAAACUCGUCCGCUGCCAAUUGUUCUACUUUCGGGAUUAUCUUUACAUAUGUCUUCUCGUUUGAUCAACAAUAUUGAAGAAGUGAUGUUUCCUGGGCAGCAUGUGCCCAGCAUUGGAAUGGUGGAAACUUAUGUACGACUCCUUCUAGUUGUACCUCAAACCUUGUUCCGACACCAUGUAAAUGGGAUGAUGCAGAGAUACCAACAAGGAUUGGCAAAACCGGGAGUCUCCUUACUUCUCCUGGAAAUCUUAAACUACCGCCUCAUUCCUUUGUACAGGUAUCAGAACAAGAUCAAACAGUUGCUAUUUGAUAUAGCUAAAAUUCUCAUUACCGUGAAAACGAAGCGUGGUGAACAUCGUCUUUUUCGGUUGGCUGAAAAUCUUGGUAUAAACUUGAUCCUUUCCAUGCGAGAUGUCUUCCUCAUCAAGAAGGAGCUCAAGGGGGCUUCUACAGAAUUCACAGAAACUUUGAAUAGGGUGAUGGUGAUCAACCUCGCAAUAACAAUGAAGACUCGUGGGAUUCAAGACUUCGAUCAAUUGGUGAUCCUGCAACCGGCCUUAGAGCAGAUCCUAGCCAACAGCCAACAUACCUGGUCGGAAAAGACUAUGCGACACUUCCCUCCAACUCUCCGAGAUGUUCUUUCUGGACGUCCUGAUAAGCGACAGCAGAUGAUACAACAGUGGCAAGCGGCGGAAGCUACUGUCAUGCACACUUUGCGAGCGGUCUUGUCUCCAGCCCAUGAUCUCGCGUAUGCAAUGACAACCUUGAAUGCUAUGAAUUUCUCUCAGCAUCGUCAAUAUUUAUGUGCAGGAGCGUUGAUGCUCAUGGAUGGGCAUCUGGAGAGCAUCAAUACCGCUAAUCUUGGCCGUCUUAUUAAAGAGCUUUCACCGGAGGAGGUGACGACAAAUAUAUACACCAUGGUCGACGUAUUGCUUCACAACAUUCAAAUGCAGUUGCAGCAUGGCCAUUUAGCGCAUGAUUUGUUGCUCCGAGCAAGUGCUGGUCUUGCAGUUUUAAUGUGGACUCAGGAGAUUUUGCCAUUCGAUAUUACACUGCUGGCAUUAGCUGACCGGGAUGAUGACACCAACGCACUUCGAUUAGUGAUCGGUUUGUUGUUAGACAGGCCAGAGUUUUUGCAGCGCAUGCAGCAUCAGUGUGUAAGUAGAGGCCAGCAAGAGCAUUGGAUGCAACCAGGUCCGUUUCAAAGACUCGAUCCCCAGCAAGCGCUUGGUCAGCACCUAGCAGGAAAAGACAGGUAUCCUAUCUUUUUUGAUGAAAUGAGCCUGCGAGCGUUACCAGUUAUCCCUCUCAUAAUCUAUCGACUGAUAGAGAAUGAUGCAACGGAUACAGCAGAACGACUGCUUUUUUCAUACCAACGUCUGCUGUUACAUCAUCCAGCUCAAUUCUCAUUUGUCCGCGAUACCCUUGCAUAUUUCUAUGGCAGUCUUCCAACGAAACUUAUUGUGGGUCUGCUUAGGGGUUUGGACUUGAACAAGAUACCUUUUUCAGAAGCGUUUUUACAGCAUGUUGGGGGCCAAAAUCCGGGUAAUAUUCUUCCUCACGAGUACUACCAUAAUCUGCUCCAAGGCCUGGUUAAUAAGGUCAUACCGCCCUCUAGUAAGAGCAGGACAUCUGCUGCUGGGCCUGAUGGACUGCCGGGAUUGGCUCGAUCAGGUUCUAAUAGGAGUCAGGCACCUGGAUCCGGAAACGCAACUGGUGCUGCGGAGGUUCACAAAGUCUUUUACCAACAUAUAGAUCCAGGAACGUAUAGUCAGCUCGUACUCGAAACAGCUGUUGUAGAACUCCUCUCACUUCCUCCACCUUCGACCCAGGUUGUCACCAUGCUUGUCAAUGCGGCUGUCCGUGUACCUUCUCCUCCUGCUCAUUCUACUGGUAGUGGUGGACUUGUAAAUCCUUGUCUUUCAACAGUCGGAACUCCAAGGAGUCCCCUGUUGCCGACUUCUCCUACAAAUGCUGGCGAUAACCAGAAUGCGGCCUCUAACACAGGGGCUGCUAGUAACUCUGUCAAUUUACUCACAUCAUGCCCACUUGUGAUACAAGCUUGUGGCCUUCUACUGGCUCAACUACCCACAGCUUUUCAUGGAGGCUUCUACUCCGAAACGGCGCGGAUCAUCAAGGAAUGCUGGUGGGUUAGUGAUACAACCAGGGCCCCGAAGGAGAUGGAUGCAGUUUUCGGGCACACAGUGUGGGAUCCGACUUGGGCCGUGCAGGAUGAGAUGUCAAGUGUUGUAGGAAAUACUCUGGCGCUCCUGCAUGCAUUCAGCGCAAAUUUGCCUUUUGAUUGGCUUGAGGGGAUGCAUUCUGUUAUCACCCUUCAAAGGCCAAUCUCUUCUGUUGCACACUUAAGACUCGCAUUCAGAAUUAUGGGACCCUUACUACCUCGGUUGGUAAUCUCGAGAACUCUUUUUGCAAAGACACUUGCGUUGCUCUUCACAGUAAUGGCGGAUGUUUUUGGUCGCAACUCAGUUGUCUCAGCUAACUGUGAAGCAGCAGAAAUUUCUGAUCUCGUAGACUUUCUGCAUCAUGCUGUGAUGAUGGAGACACAAGGAAUUAGUAGUGCUGUGGGCAAGCCUCGCCCGGAGACUUUGAUGCUUUGUAGCAAAGCUGUGGAGCGUCUCCGUCCCGACUUGCAGCAUCUUUUUCGUCAUCUUAGCGCUGAUGUGAAUACUUCCAUCUAUGCCGCAACGCACCCCAAAAUGGCACAGUUACAACAACAGGCACAGCAAGCACUGCAGGCACAUCAACGGCCUCCCCAGAGCACCAUGUUGACUGUUAUAUGAGGAGCUGCCUCUGAACACGUUUUGUUGAGAUCAAGCAAAUGGUCUCCUAAAAUGCCUGCAGUUUCCAUUCACUUCAAAGGAAGAAGGGUGGAACUUCAAGGUGUUAACUUUACAUUGUACAAAACCUUUUAGCACUAGUUGUUCAUAGUAGAUUUGCUGAGGGUUGUCGGCUGGUGUCAACAUGAAUUCCUUCUACUUCUGAAUAGAAACGUUCGGUAGCGCAUAUUAAUCUCAAUUAUGUUUCCUCAUGAAGCAUACUUCUCCGCAAUAGAGAGGAAGUAGGCAGGGGCCAGUGUAAAGUAAGACGGGCAGUGCCGUCGAGUUAAAGCGGUCCACGGCCAUGGUAGGUUAAUCCUGCUGAAUUUUAGCUUUUUAAAGGAUCGAGCCAGUCGUCCCUCCUGUAUGUAACAGCCAGUUAAUCAAGCCCAUGGCGCACAUAUUUUACAAAC